AUGCAUCAUUUCUCUGAGUCAGCUUGGCUAAAUUUACUCAAAGAGAAAGCAUUUCCUAAGGAUACUAUUAUUUUGGAAACCCCUCCGAAGCGUAGGAAGAARAAGAAGGCGAUCUCCUCCUCGGAGGUCGGAGCUUGCAGGGUCUUGCCUGCAGGUUUUGCAGAUCGGGUGGACGAUCCUGCGGCCAGGAUGGGCGGGACGUCCGACGUGACGGCACGGUUCAGAAUUGAGCCGUCAAGUUCCGGGGUGAGGGACCAGGUGUCCCGCAUCUCAGCUGCAAGUUUGGACCGCUGCCUGAGGAGGGCGUCCAAAUUUGUGAGCGMCCCYGGGUCCGUUCUGYAGAGGAMCAUCGACUACGCCGCCGAGGCGUUCGUUGCUUCCAUUCAAUCGGCUCUGGCUGUCAAGGCCGAGCUGGAUGGGAGGGAAGUUCUGGCAGCGAGGGAGAAAGAGGAGUUCUCCGCUGCCUUGGAGGCUGCUUCUUCCACCAUGAAGGAUGAGCUGCUGAAGGCUCACUCUGAGGUGGAGACUUUGAAGGCCGAGGUGGAGUCUCAGGCCGACCGUGAAAUUUUAGAGUUUAGGUUUACCACCACAUCAUCAUCUGCUAAACCUUUAGAUGUCUUUGCUAAAGAAGCUUCGAUUUUGACCAAUGAUGCUUUAUCGAUCAAGCCGAUUCCCGAGCUCGCUCAAGCCACGUUCGACACCCUCAAAUUCUACAAGGAUAACUUCCCAAGGGGCCGGAAGAUCGGGACCUUGGUCACCGACAAGCUGCUGCUAGAAUCAGGGCUAUUGGACUACAAUCCUUUAGUUCGUCCAAUUGAAGCUUCGAGGCCAAACUCCGAGCUCGCCAUGGUGUGUGGAUUCACGAGCAGCGUGAAACGUAAGUCUAAGGGUCGUGCUCACGCCCUUAAGAUAGUCCAAAGCUCUGACCCAGUUACUCCUGCUGUGGAUCAGAAUGCCGCUCAGGACCAGGCGGGUCCAUCUUCUGCAGCUCCAACUCCGGUGAUUGAGUUGGAUUCUACAGGGGAGCGCUCCAGGGAGAAGCGUUCGAGGAGCGAGUCCGAGGCCUUGGACGUGUCACCUCUUCGUGAGGUGAGAGAGGCCAAAGCCGAGCUGCUGAAGAGGGAGGAUGAGAGGCAUAAGGCCCACCUCCGAGCUGCCCAUGCCAUCACAAAAGGGUUGGAGAAGGAAAAAUUCCAACUCCUUAAGGAGAAGGACGACAUGCUCCAGGCCCUUGAACGGAAGGACGCUGCAAUUGGGCGUCUUAAUGCUGAGUUGAAGGCAGAGAAGGAGCGCCUUACCAACGGGGCUCUCCUUGAAGCAGCCUUCAGGCAACACCCAGAUUUUGAUGGGUUUGCCAAAGAUUUUAGCGACGCCGGCUUCAAAUUUUUGAUGAAGGGGAUUGCUGCUGAUGUGCCACACCUCGAGGUCGACCUCGGCGAUCUGAAGAAGAGGUACGCUGAGAAAUGGGCUUCUGGGCCUAAUGGCACCUCAGGUCCUGCAUCCCUGGUGGACAAAUAUGUCAGAGAUCUGGACUCUGACUACUCCGACCUGGAUGAAGACGAGGUACCAAGUCAGGAACCUACUGAGGUCGGCACCACUCAAGAAGGAGUCCCUUCUCAGCAGGACGGAUCUCAGGAGGUCAACCUUCUGGGGUCCCAGGGCGAGCUAUCAUCUCACCUCGGAAGUAGCUGA